AUGGAAGGAAAAAUACAGUUUGAUCAAACGGAAGUAUCCUCGAUUUCGGAUCAUGGCUCUGGGUCGCACAAGAAUUCGAAUUUAUAUACAGAUUCUUCACAUGUUGUAGGCCAAUCAGAUCAUAAAUAUGGGCUUGGUCAAGAUUCUGCUCCCGGAUCCGCUGGUGACAAUGGCGGUGGCUCAGUUAAUAGCUCGCCGGCGACCACAGUCUCAUCACAGAGUUUUUCACAAUCUUUAAGUGGCCUUGAAUCAAGCGCUCCAGAACUGAAUAAGUCCAAAGUCGAAAUCUCGAUAGGGCAAGAACAAGAACCAGACAAACCAAUCAGACCAUAUCGCUCCAGGCGUCAACGACCUUGCGAUUACUGCCGGCACAGGAAAAUGCGAUGUGAGAUGGUCAACGGUUCGGUUUGUACGCAGUGCCAACAAAAGAAUAUGAAGUGUACGUUUCUCAACCAACCACUAAAAAGAAACAGACCAGCUUUGUUACAGCCUGGAGAGGCGAAAAGAUCCUUUAGAGGCAAGCAAGAUAGUUUGGCAGAUUCUCGACUCGACACUAAUGGACAAAUGAGAUCUUCAAUCAUGAGCUUUGACUCGCCGUCUUCCACAGAUCGACCACCUACGAGUGGGUCAAUGAUUGAGGUACCCCCAAUGGAACCACCUCCUCAAGUAGAGGCACUACUUGAAGAAGAAGAACCACCAUUAAUUCCAGAUGGUUAUCAUUCAGCUGCAUUGUUAGGUUUCUCUGGCGACCAAGAUCCUUUUUUGCUUCAAUAUUACAAUUACAAUAACAAAGAUCAGACAUACCACUUUAUCAAACAUGCGAUUCGUCGGGUGAGUGAUAACCACGCUUUUCCAGUUCAGUUCUUGGCGUUCAAUGACGAACGAGGACAUAGUGUAGAAGAUGAAAGGGCGGCCCAGCUUGAUAAAAUUGACAGAUUAGCAGGAAAAUUUGAGGUACAGUUACUGGCUCUGUACUUUAGAUUUGUCCACCCCACUUAUCCAAUCGUCGAUAAAAUGAUUUUCUAUCGAGAUUAUUAUUAUAGCAAGAAGAGUAUCAAUCCUGGACUCCUAUCAGGACUGCUGGCUUUGAGUUGCGUGUGGUGGAAGUAUGAUUCUGUAUUAUGUGUUAAUAGUAUUCCCCCUGGUUUGUCCGAAGAACUCUAUGCCGAGUGUGCCAAAGCUGUGGACAGAGAUAUCAAGUACCCUAGUUUGUCGACUGUUCAAGCAUUGUUGUUGUUGUUACAGAAAAGACUGUUAAUGGAUCAGACGGCAGAAACGUAUGCUGUGAAUAUCGAUGUUUCCAGGCUCAUUGCCGUUGCUCACAAUAUCGGGUUGCAUUUAGAUUGUUCAUCUUGGAAUAUUCCUCCAUCAACAAAACGGUUACGUACUAAACUAUGGGCUACUAUUUACAUUAUGGAAAAAUGGACUUCGGUCAAUCUUGGACGGCCAUCACUAUUGACAAAUGCCAAUUCGAACGUUGAUCUUUAUAACUCGGAUGAUGCUAGUGAACAGCUAUUUGUACAUCUUGGAAGAUUAACGGCCAUACUUGAGGCUAUAAUUCAAGAGCUUUACAGUAUUAGGUUUGCAGAGGGCCAGUAUUAUAAUACACGAGAUACUCAGCAGAAAGUUGAUCAUUUCUUCCGUGCUAUCGAAGCAUGGAGGAGUGAUCUACCAGAAGAUGUGAAGGAUAUGCAAUGUGCGCUUCCAGGACAAUUUUGUAAAAAUGGUACCCUCCAUUUGGCAGCACUGACAAUCGAAAUAUUACUUCAUCGAAUUCGGUUACGACCCAUAUGCUCUACAUUGGCUGAGUAUCCUAGAUACCGAGAACAUGCUGCAGAGACCAUUCAACGAGUUAUUCAGUUCACGUUAGAGAUUACUCAUUCCCAUCUUCAUGCAUUUUGGUAUUCGAUGACACGACUGAACUUCUCAACCAUAGCUCAUUUCGUCUUCUAUUUUCAUCUUACGAGUCCCAACCCACAGGAAUAUGGCGAGACUCGAGACACAUUAAGAAAGUGGCUUUGGGCAUUACGAGUGUUGAGCCAGGGAUGGGAAGAAGGCACUGGAUUAGCAACGCUGCGGAUGGAUACUGUGUUUUGGAUGGGCAAAGACUUGUUUUCUCAAAAUGGCUCGGUAAAUUCAAAUGAAAACAUAGCGAAUAACAACCAUGUCCAGCACACCGCAGAUGAUAAUAUGGGGGAGAAAUCACAUAUUACGCAGCAUCAACCACAUGAUCAGAAUCUAGGUUCGGUUAUGGAAGCUCCCCACUCAGAGUCAAUUCCUCCACCUUUACCGGUCGCUUGGGCUGCAAAUCAAAACAUUGAGCCAUUUCACGAUCUCGUUGAUGAUCCUCGUAACCACCCAGAAUUCGGCGAAGAAGUCGAUCAUAUGCUUCUUCUAAAUGAGGAUAUUAUGCCACAGUCUGAGCAAGUUGACCUCUUUCUAGGCCACGAAGUGCCUGAUAACACCAAUGUGUAUUCUGAGUAUUUCGAAAAUGAUUCUGAGGAGGGUAUGUUAACAACCCAAGAGUUGCAUGACUUGCUGGCUAUCCCUGACGAAGUAUUGUUUUCUAAUGACCCUGCUAGCUAUGUGCAUGCCGCCCAACAACCUUGA